AUCCUCAAGACUUUCCGAUAUGGGUAUUUCUCGUUCAUCCCGGCACAAACGCUCCGCAACCGGUGCCCAGCGCGCUCAUUAUCGCAAGAAGAGAAAGUUCGAGCUCGGACGUCAACCCGCUAACACUAAGCUUGGUGUUAAACGUGUCCAUACUGUGCGUGUUCGUGGUGGAAACAUCAAGUACCGCGCUCUCCGACUUGAAUCUGGUAACUUCGCAUGGGCUUCUGAACAUGUAACAAAAAAAACCAGGCUUAUCGGCGUCGUGUACAACGCUUCCAACAACGAGUUGGUCCGUACCAACACCCUGGUCAAGAGUGCUAUCAUCCAGGUCGAUGCUACUCCUUUCAGGCAAUGGUAUGAAGCUCACUACGCCCAACCCAUAACGAAGAAGGGUGCGAAAGCACAAACCGCUGCUCCCACAGAGGAGGCGAAAAAACUUUCUAACCAUGCACAACGCAACUUGGAAGAGAGAAAGAAGGAUGCUAAAAUCGACACUCUUCUGGAAUCUCAAUUCGCUGCUGGUCGCCUGUACGCUGCCAUUUCGAGCCGGCCCGGUCAGUCUGGCCGUGCCGACGGGUAUAUUCUCGAAGGAAAGGAGCUUGAGUUUUACCUCAGGAAACUCAGAUCAGGCAAGCAGAAGCACGCUCACAAUGCAUGAGUAUAUUAUUUUUUGCUGCUUUUAUUGCCUACCGGUGUCCUGGGGCAUGCAAUGCAGGUGUGGAGGACCAGGAUGUAGUGAUGCCCGUAAAAAUAGGAAAUGUGCUAGUGUAUGACGACAUGCCUCUCCCGAAACUAUGUUUUUUCCUGCAAUCCAUGAAAUUUUCCGCUUCACAUGCCAACAAAUUUCCGGGUGAUGUUAAGUUACCCAAGGCAGGUUGCUGAUGGUCACUUGGCUGGAAGAUGUCAUGUACCGGUGGC